UUCUUGUUUUAUUGGUGCUCUUUAUUUUAUAUUAAUUGAAAUCCUUGCCCAUUGAAUCGCAUCUCAAUUUUACUUGAAAAGCUUACUCGUUUACAACAUCAGAUUCCAUCAGACUCACAAACUUCCUGUAUUUUAAUAUUUUUCAUUCUUCUAACAACACACAUUCAUUCAUUCAUUCAAUCAUUUUAAAAAAAGAAAGAAUAAAAAAACUUCCAUCUUGACGACUUGAAAUCAAUGGCCAAGACAAUUGAAAAGAUGAGCGCGGUUAAGAUCCUGACCAUCAGUAAAAAGUUGUUCUUUGGUGGAUUUUGUCUCCUUCCAUUCCUCUGGGUCUACAACAUUCUUUACAUUUGGCCUGUCAGGAACCGUAGCGACCUUAAUCCAAAAGUGCGACAGUAUCUAUUAAUGUCAGGAAUUAUGGCAGCAGUGCUCUUUGUUAUAUUUGCCGCUUGGUUUGGUGUCUUCGUAAACCAUCGCCUGCAAUGGGGUGAAACAGGAGACCUGCUGACAGUUGUUCUUGUCAAAGGUGUAUGAAACGAUCAGCAGCUAUCAACUGAUCACCCAUCCAUGUACAACAAUCUUU